AAAUUCUUCACCCGGAGUUCACGCGCAGACAGGAACUUGCUGGUCGUCCAGUUGGCAAACCGACGAAGUUGUCUUGGAAGACUUGUGGGCUCAAAACAAAACCAUUAUGACUUCGACGAACAUGUUUCAGGGGUUAGCCACGGGUACAAAACCAAGUUCCAGGGUGUUGCAGCCUCCUGGAGGUGGCUCCAGUAACUUGUUUGGAGGCUAUGAAGACGACUCUGCAGCAUUAAGAAGACCUAACAAGAUGGCCUCUAAAUUGUUUGCUCCACCAGAGGAGGUCCAGAGUGGACCCAAGCGCUCCAAUCCUCCAGGUGGGAAGAGCAGCGGAAUAUUCGGGGAUCCUGAGCCUCAAACUCGUCAACAGAGACACAAACCUCCUGGUGGACAAACAAGUAACAUAUUCGGUGCUGCGGAGAGUGCACCGGCCCAAACCGUAAACCGAAUGCACCCAAAUAAGCCAAAGGACAAUCUAGGUGCGGAACCUGAACCCAAAUCAUCACCUGUGUCUUCCCUUCCAGCACCAGAAGCUACAGUUGCCCAACCUGAAGUGAAGGAGGAGGUGCCUCCGCCAUCUCCCAUGCCGGCCAAGGAAGAGCCUGCUGUUGUCCUGGCCUCUCCUGAGCCCCGCUCUCCCCCUCCCUCGUCCCCACCUCCCGAGGAGACGAGUCCUAAUGAUGGUGAUGGGAAGAACCACGAGCCGCACCUGGGACCCAAGCCUCGCUCUCACAACAGGGUCCUCAACCCCCCCGGUGGAAAGUCUAGUGUGGUGUUCUACUGAUCAGCUAACACGCAUCUCUUUGUCUGCUCCCCUGUCAAUCUUCUCUCAUUCCAACGCCCCUCUCCCACAGUCACCUGUACAUUUAAACACGGCGCAGGAUGUUUUUGUUCUCAUCAGAUUCCUAUUCAAAUUGCACUUUCAGCCCUAUUUUUUGCUUCCAACUCUUUCCCCAGUUAUUCAACGGAAUCUACUGCAAUCAUUCGAUCUCCAAUCAACCCCCUAACUGUGACACUGUGAUCACAAUAAUUACCGUAACUCAGUUGUUUCCUUCUCUGUUUGUAAAUGUGCUUUGGGUUCGGCCACAGUUAAUCUUUUUUUUUUUUUUUUUUUAGGCGCUGUGGCGUCUCAUGGGUGGUUAAGACAUUGGCGUGCUUGUACAAUUGUCAGCUUUAAACGGUUCUUUGUUUAAAUGAUUUGGUGUAAAAGAAAAAAAAACUCAAUCAGAGCAUUAGCUCAAAUUUGACGGUGUUUGUUUUAAACCGUAACAUGUAGCUGUUCCAUCAGGAGGGGAUGAAUACUUCACCGAUGUAAUAUUAAAAUGUUUCAGGGAGUUUCACUAGUACCACCUUUCUGUGGGUUGCUGGAACUUUAUUUAAUUGCUACAUAAAACGUUUUGUUUAACUAAACAAUCUGUUGGACUGCUACCAAUAGCUGUAUAUCCAAAGCCUUAUACCAGCUUGGGAUUUUUCCUCUUUCUUGCCUUCUCAUGCUUCAUCCCGUCAUUUCAACAUGAAUAAUCCGUUGCCCGAGCACGACUUAUGUUCAAGGAUAGAUGCUAAAAAUUGACCAUGAAACAACAAUGAUGCAACGGUUUACUCCUAAAAUAUUUCUGCUUCCUUAAAGAAAAUUCCAUUUUGAUUGUAUGCAGGUUGAUUACGCUGGUACUUCUCUGCUUCCUCUUCAUUGCUUGCUUUACCUGAGAACACACCUUCCAUGCUUGGGGUAGGCCUCUGAUUAUGUUUUAAAUUAAAACGGCUGAAGACAUGUGAACUCUGGACAAUCGCGUGACCUGCCUGGGUCCAGGUGGGCUCAUUGAUAGAAACCUUUUCUCCCAAUUCAUGACGCACGUUUGUGGUAUUCUGGUGCUGGCCUGCCCCCCCCACCUCCCCCCCUCGAUCCCCCUGCCAGUCCUACCGUGUGUUGAUGUGCCUGGCAGGCAAUAAGCACAGCAGAAGAAAAUCCUGUGUAUUGCAAUAAAACUGUUUGUUUUGCAUUUAAA